UAGGGAAAAGCAGUUGGUCUAUCCAUAAAAUGUUUCUCGUAGGACAUCCUCGUGGAUCUCCCGGAAUUCGAAGGAAACAUCUAUGUAUUUUUCAUGGUGACUUUCUUGAAGAAGAUUUAUCCAUUGAAGUUAGCAGCGAGUUAUUGUUUGAAUUCCGCAACAUCUCUGAUCUCUACACAUAUGAAGACUGCGAGAUUAUUGAAUGUGGUGUGCGAAUCUUGACGAACGAAGUGGAGGAAAGCAGUGAUGGGAGCACUAAAACUAGAUUAGACCAAGUUUCUGAAGAUGACAACCAUGAUUGGAGCUACGAUUCUGAACUCAGUGAGGUCUUGGAAGAUUCUGAAGGCGACAACAUGGACCAUACUACAGAGGUACUAAUCAGUUGUGACUCGAAAUCAGGCAAGGCAUACGAUGAAGAAGGAAAAGAAGACAAUGUCCAAGGUAAAGAACAUACAAACUGUUGGAGUUGGCUCUUCCUCUGUUUUGAGUAAAAGAGUAAUCAAAUCCCAUUUCUUAAUGUCUUUCCACUCAUUUGUUAAUGGUGUAUUAUAAGAUGACUCCCUUGUAAAUUCGUUUUCAAGUUUCAAACGUUAGGGUUUUUGUAUUCUUAUGUAACUUGUAUUACUCUGUUUUGUUAGACUCUUAAGAAUCAAUAGAUUACCAAUAG